UUUUUUUUUUUUUUUUUUGGGGGGGGCAAUAAUCCACCAGUACUCAAGGUCAACAAAAGCUUGCGAAAAGAUAUCUCAGGUGAGUUUGCUGGCGAGACUGGGGAUGACAGUAAACAAACGGACUGCGAGGAACAUAGGCAGCAGGGAGGGAGACCAAAACCAUAAGACAUAAAUCAUGAGUAUUGUCUCCUGGUUAUGGCGCAUAUGUGUAGUUAUUGCUUACUGUAGUGGACGUUUAAGUCAUGUCCUGUUUUUGUGUUUUCCUUCUCGAAGCGCACAUGAAUGCCUGUAGCUUUUUCUUUAGUAAAUGUUUAGCAAUUGUUGUAGUCCUAUUCUCUAUUAUCAGUGUUUGUCAUUGUUUUGUAUUUGUGCAAGUCUUGUGCGUUUAAAUGUUUAUAUGUUUAGUGUUUUUAUGAUUCACAUACAUUUAAGCAUAUUAAGUGUCUGCGUUCAUUCUUGCUUUGACCAAAUCGUAUACACAAUAUCAGUGUGUAGUUUAUGUCAGUUUGUGAAUGUGUAAUAACCCAUGUGUUUGUUCUUGCUGGCUUCACCUCACAACUGGUCGUCCUAUCGACCAUCCUUGUCUUAGAAAGCUUAAAACACAACAAAAAUAAGGGUAAAAAUCACCAACAUUCAGCCCUGACAUCAAGCCAAAGACGACCCUCUUCUUGCGCGGAGUCCAGGGUUCGAGGCCAACCACGACCACCCAACUAUGUUUCAGAUCGUGACGACCUUAGGCUCAGAGUCUGUGUCCAGCUUCACCUCAGCCGAAGACGUCCGGAUGCUCCUGGGGCAGAGUGUGCUCCAGCCCCACAGCAUGUAGUGAGGCAGCUCAGGGGCGCCGCCGCCACACCAUUACCUGUAUUAUCGGUUUAUUAGGGCGAGACGUGCAGGGACGAACGCACAAGCCCGGAGUUAGCACGAAGGCAGGGCUCCGGCCGCAAGAUCUCCUCGGCCUCAGCGCCCUCACCAGCAUCCCGCACAGUCUGUAGACAUCGCCGCCGAAGAAGUCCCCGAAGAAGUCCCUCUCGUGUCCGAUUACCUCCGAUACGACCCGCGUGGUUGUCUCUCCCCCAGUUUGUUAACACGGCUCUGGCAGUGUUUUGUUUGUUGUUAGGAAGUGUGUUUUUUUUUUUUUCCUCGUUUUUAAUAUCUUCCAUUUUACGUGUUUUUUUUAUACCUUUCUUUUUAAAUGUUUCGUUUUUGUAUUUAAAUCCUGGAGAAUAGAGGAUGAUAAAUUCCGUUUAACAGGAGAGAAUUUGAGAUCAUGUGUUUUGUGAUAGUUUCAGAUCACCAUUUUUAGCAUAACUUCUUUCAUCAAAAGACUGCUGCAUUUUGAGUGGCAGAAACUGUAAAUAGAAUCCAUUCUUAAGUCGCUAAAGACCCACAACAAUCAUUAGAGCAUCACUUCUCUUUUUUUUUGACAUUCCUAAUAACAGUAAUGAUAAUUCCCAAUACAAAGGUGUGAUAAUGACUUUAAUAUUUAUUCACAUUCACCGUUGAUCAUCCGUCCCUUGUAAAAGUGUAAAGCCCCAUGGUAAAUGUUCA